UGUGUGCAUGUUUUGGCGUCUGUGCCCACCUGCAGGUCUCAGUUUGCACUGAAGUUCCUGGACCCCUCGUUCGUGCCCCUCACCAACUCCCUGGGCCAAGAGCUGCAGGACAAGCCCUCCAAGUGGGUGUUCAACCGGAGCGCCUUUGCCCACCAGAGGCAAGAAAUCCUUCAGCAUGUUGACGUCAUCAAAAACUUUUCUCUGAUCAAGAGCAGCGUUCGGAUCGGGCAGCUGAUGCACUACGAUUACUCCAGCCAUAAGUAUGUGUUUGCCAUCAGCAAUAACUUCAGGUCUCUGCUGCCUGACGUGUCUCCCAUCAUGAACAAGCACUACAACAUCUGCGCCGUGGUCGGCAACAGCGGGAUCCUGACCGGGAGCCAGUGCGGGCAGGAAAUUGAUAAAUCGGAUUUUGUCUUCCGCUGCAACUUUGCUCCGACCGAGGCUUUCCAGAAAGAUGUUGGAAGGAAAACCAACCUUACCACCUUCAACCCCAGCAUCCUGGAGAAGUAUUACAACAACCUCCUGACCAUUCAGGAUCGCAACAACUUCUUCCUAAGUUUGAAAAAGCUCGACGGGGCCAUCCUUUGGAUCCCCGCUUUUUUCUUCCACACGUCGGCGACAGUCACGAGAACACUGGUUGACUUCUUUGUUGAGCACAGGGGACAGCUAAAGGUCCAGCUGGCUUGGCCAGGAAAUAUCAUGCAGCACGUUAACAGGUACUGGCGGAACAAGCACCUGUCCCCCAAGCGGCUGAGCACAGGUAUCCUCAUGUACACCCUGGCCUCGGCCAUCUGCGACGAGAUCCACCUGUACGGAUUCUGGCCCUUCGCCUUCGACCCCAACACGCGGGAGGACCUCCCGUACCACUACUACGACAAGAAGGGAACCAAGUUCACCACCAAGUGGCAGGAGUCCCACCAGCUGCCUGCAGAGUUCCAGCUGCUCUACAGGAUGCACGGUGAAGGACUGGCCAAACUCACCUUGUCGCAUUGUGCCUAAGAACCUAAAUCUUGAAGUGCCAAACAAUUGUCUAAAAAAGUGCCCAAAACCAAAUUAAACAUUCUUCAGAUAGAAUUCUAAAAAGGAAACAAACCCACCCUAGAAUCUUUUCCAUAAUUUAAAGAUGCUUUUUAGCUACUGCUCAUCCAAGGUUUCAGCGUAUUUAGCGGUGCAGAAGCUUUUAUCAUGUUCUGUGGAUGCGAUUUGUGCAGCUGCAAAGUUGAAACAUUUUGCAUUUCUAGAUAAGCCACUCAGUAUGUUUUAAUAUCUGUUCAUAUUUUAGCGUUCUACUGAACACCCUAAAUGAUUUUAUUGUUCCUUGCCAUUAGAGCUAGAAAUGCUACUUUUAAAAGGUUUUGCUUCUUUUGUAUCUGUUGCUGUCAAUAGCUCAGCGUUGCCGUGGCCGAUGGAGGAAGCCACUCGGAAUUCCAGCGCAUUGUCACACGCAAGCUCCUCAGUGUGGAUCCUGAUUUCCACCGCUUGGGUAUUUUCCUAUUUACUGAAUUUUACAUUUUUUAAAGAAUAACAAGAAGAAGGUCACAAAGUGGCUCAUACCUUAGCUAGGUGUUUAUAUCACUCUUGGAAUACUUCAGUGUUUUAAUUCCUUUCGGGACAGAUCCUAGUCCAGACUAGACAGAUGGAGGCAUGUUUAUUCCCAUCCAGCUGAUGCUAUUCUGUCAUUUGAUUUUAAACUUCAACCACCACAAUAUACAGAAUUAGGCUUCUCUGGAGACCUAUUUGGUGAGAAAAGCCCCAAACCCCAUCCCUCUGCUUGGCCAGGGACUGGCAGGAUGGGCAAAAAUGGAAGCCAGGUGCUGGGAUUUUUAAAACCCGCUUUUGUAGGGAAGUGAGCAGAGCUGGAGCGCAGGGAAGAGGCAAUGCCAUGACCAAAUUUCCCCAUUUAUGUCUGUAACUCACCAGUCAGCCAGCUGGAGCAGUGUCCCCCUUGUCCCAUCACCAGCAGCACUCCGAGGCAGGCAGGGCAGCUGCUUCCUUGGCACCACAGGAAAUCCAGCUGUUUGGGGACAGGACAGACAAUAGGGUCACUUACAGCUGGGGAGUGUUGGCCUUUACCUCUCAGGAUAAGGGAGCCUGGGAAAUAACUGGGUUUCUUAUGAGUAUGCUGGCAAGUAUUUAACCAUUUUUUACUGUUCUGAGUGAGAACUGACCCCACAAUGACAUAGAUUUAAAAUGGCACAAGUUAAUUUUCCUUGGCUUCUUUACCUGUGUUCAGACAUAGGAGAUGAGGAAGGAGAUCUCCAGCACAGCACCCAAGCUGAGCAGCCCAGGCAUGGCCUGGUGCCCACUGCAGCCAGGAUGGUUCUCCCCCACACCCCUGGGUGGAGAAGGAGCUGGUGGCUUUGUCCUUCAUUGGAAAUAUCCCACAUUUCCCAGCUCACGGAGCCACAGUGGGGCAGUGGUGAUGUCCCCGCAGUGACCGGGCACCGCUGCAGGCACCCUUCUCCACAUGCUGGAGCACACAGAUGGUUUAGCCCCAAGCCAGAAAUUGCACAGGGAAAGAAGAGCUCUGAUCUGGUCGUUAAUGAAGGGCAGGAAUGAAUAAUUUCUGCUGUUGUUUCCUAUGGAGCUGUACAGCAGCCAUGCUGGUCACUGAGGCCCAUGGUAAAGCAGUGCCCAGAAACUCCAAUCCUAAAGGCAAAGAGCCCACAGGUGUCACCCCAAACCCUGAGUGACCCUUCUUGGUCUCUCUGAAUGCCAGGUAUUUUUAUCAAGAGGCCUUUUACCAGUUUCCUGUGGGGACCCAUCACUUCUCCUCAGCAAAUUAAAGAAAUGAGAGCUAUUAUCAUUAUACUGGCAUGAAAGCAGGGAGCAGUGUGCUCCAUACAGUUCUGGAACCUCCUGCAGUCCUGGAGAGGGGCAGAACCCCCUGCCAGUCCUGGCGUCACCACCAGAACUUUCCAAAAGCACAAAGAGGCACCGAAUGCAGAGAAGGAAGCACAAAACUGACUGCAAAUAUUUGGGAAUGGGAAUACAGAAAAAUUAUUGACAGAACGCCAUAUUACAUCAUUGAUUUUUAAGCAAAACUCCCCAUCGAUGCUCCAGACCCACAUUGAACAUUUCAGAAUCAUUGAUUUUAAUGGGGAGUUCUGCCCCGUGAUCGAUGGCACAGCACAGCCCACAGUAAAUUGCUUCUUAGUAUCAAUAUUCUUUUGCCCAAGCUUGUGCAAGGUGGAAAACCAUCUCAAAGCGCACAGCUUUUGUUCUGCCAGGCGGGCUCUGAGGGAGAGGUGAGGAUGGCAGGGGGUGGACAGGACAGUGGCUGAGGAGGAGAGGCUCUUUGGGGCUGCCUCUCUCCAGCACAAAUGCCUUUGCAUUAAUAAAAAAAGCAUCUUUAUUAUUUAUUGAAUAGUUAUUUACAAGGUGCUGGGGGCUGCCCUCCUCGCUCAGGACAGCCAGUGGCCCCUGCAAGUGGCACCACCUUCCCUCUCUUUGUCCCCAAACCUUCCUGCAUGAAUUCCUGAUGGUCCGGGGAGAACUCUCCUUCCCAUGGCUGAAUGUCUAGACAAGCCAACAGAGCUAAUGCAGCGGGAUCGAUACCUGUAAGUACAAAACAUUUGAGGCUCCAAAAUCCAGACAAGUCCUCCUGAGCAGCUCCCUCCGUUGGGAGACCCUGCUUGGCCCUGGGCUGCCAGGAGAGUGUCCAGUGGCAGCCACAUCCCUCUCCAGCCCCUUUGCCAAGGUGCUGGGGGUGUACAUAGGACUGGGAAUACAUGUUUCCUCUCUUCUUUUAUACAUCUUGGCUCUCUGUUUUUGUUGCUUGCAUCUCCUUGGUGAACGGUAGCAAGGCACGUGAAAACAGGCAUUUGGCUACCAGGUUUAAUUGCAAGACUAAGCCAAAAAAAGCAAGAGAUUGUGAAACAGAGCUAACUGUGAAUGGAGGCUGCAAAAACAGGGCAAAUAGGAAAAAGCAGGUUUUCUGUAAAUGAAUGUGUCUUUAUUUCAAUGGCUCUACAGUUCAACGCCUGAUGGAGUUGUUUUCGAUAAAAAAUAUAAAUAUUAAAAAAAAAAAGAAAAAAAUGCCAUAAUUGUAACAAAGGUUUCCUUAGUAAGGGCCAUA